AUGAUUCUGUUGAAUAAUUCCGAGCAGCUGCUGGCCCUAUUCGAAUCUUUAGCAAGGAGCAUUCCUGAGUCCCUGAAGGUGUAUGGCUCUGUGUAUCACAUCAAUCACGGGAACCCCUUCAACAUGGAGGUGUUGGUGGACUCCUGGCCCGAGUAUCAGAUGGUUAUUGUCCGACCUCAAAAACAGGAGAUGACUGAUGACAUGGAUUCAUACACUAAUGUAUAUCAUAUAUUCUCAAAACAGCCUCAAAAAUCACAAGAAGUUUUGAAAAAUUGUGAGAUCAUAAACUGGAAACAGAAACUCCAAAUCCAAGGUCUUCAAGAAAGUUUAGGUGAGGGGAUAAGAGCGCCUGCAUUUUCAAAUUCAGUGAAGGUAGAGCAUUCCAGAGCACUCCUCUUUAUUACGGAAGAUAUCCUGAAGCUCCUUGCCUCCAAUAAAAGCAAGCUUGGAAGCUGGGCUGAGACAGGCCACCCAGGUGAUGAAUUGGAGAGCGAGACUCCCAACUUUAAGUAUGCCCAGCUGGAUGUGUCUUAUUCUGGGCUGGUAAAUGACAACUGGAAGCUAGGGAUGAAUAAGAGGAGUCUGCAUUACAUCUAGCGCUGCCUAGGAGCCCUGCCAGCAGCCUGUAUGCUGGGCCCAGAGGGGAUCCCGGUCUCAUGGAUAACCAUGGACCCUUCUUGUGAAAUAGGAAAGAGCUACAGUGUGGAAAAAUACCGACGGACAGGCAACAUGUCAUGGCUGAUGGUGCGAUACAUGAAGUAUCUGUGUCAGAAGAAUAUUCCAUUUUACCUCUCUGUGCUGGAAGAAAAUCAAGUCACCAUCAGAAUUAUUAGGGCAUUAGGUUUCCUUAAGGCCUCCUGUCAGUGGCACCAAUGGACCUGCUACCCACAGAAUCUUGUUCCAUUGUAG